AGUCGGAUGAGUCAUAAUUCAGCAGUUCACUUUGUGGUGUGAGUCUAGACUCACUCACUCUGCCUGUUACCUCUUCUGCUAGUCCUUUAGUCUCCGCUCAGACAGUGCGAACAGGCAGGGAGGGGGAAAAGGACUGUGGCGAUCAUGUUUUCUUUCGGGUAGUGAAGUUCGUCUGUCGCUAAACUCUUUUGCAUUCGCUGCUAUACAUUGCGGGUUAGAUAUAUUCAUCCUCUAAUAGUGCUAAACAGGCGUAUAUACGUCCAGUGUUACGGUGUUCGUUCCUUGCCCACCAGAAAGCAGCUAGAGCGAAAACAUGGCAGAUAUUCCUGACAAAAGAGAGAGAGAGAACGUCCGUUGCUCAGUCAUCGGGGCGCCAUAAGAGCAUGGUGUUGCCUAACUUGCCUUUCGACUUGUUUUUCGUCUACGCUAAAGACAGUCGACAAUCUAAUCAUCCGGGUUACGGAUGAGUGUCGUUUUCCUAUUCAUUUAAACAGCAAAAAAGCAACUUAACAUUACGAAGUCCGUUUUCUAUUCGCUUCUAAGCCUGGAGUAAAAAGGGCUUAGACACGAUUAUUGACUCGUCGGCAACUCUGUUAAAAAGCCCCCACCCCACCCCGACCCCACCCCACUUGUGACGUCACUGCAGAUAACUGGUGACAGAGUCCUGUGGUUGUAAACAAACAUCCCAGCUGAAUUUUGCACAUGUUGCUGGUGGAGCGAAGAAGAAAAUAGCGAAGGAAAACUUGCUUAGAAAAUGCCUGGCAACCGCAACAGGGUAUCGCAACAGCAGGAUGGGAGGGAGUCAGAAUCGCAGCCUACUUCACCUGACGAGGCCCCAGUUCGAAGGAGCUCACAGGCCAACGACGACUCGACGACGGCCCAAGAAGAGGAAUCCCAGCAACAACCAAGACCUACUGAGCCGCCAGAGCAGCCCACGGGAGGAGAGCAAAGCUCUCCUCCUGAGACCCAGCAGGCAGAACGACCUCAGGUAGGACAGCAAAAUGAACGCAGGCCAUCACAACAGCAACAGCAGCAGCCCCAGCAGCAGCAACUCCGCCUGCCUUCACCGCAUGCAGAAGGACAAGCACAGCAGCCGGCUCAAGUACAGCACCGCCGACAUUCGCAGCAGAGCUCUGACGGCCAAGCACGACAGUCGCAGCAGCAGCAACAGCAAGCUCGGCGACACUCUCAGUCGUCGAAUCAGCUUCAUCCCCAGUCGCAAUCUCGAAGACCCUCGCAGAAUUCCGUAGGGCGCCACUCCCAGCACUCUUCUGAAGGACGGCAUUCCCAGCAUUCGGAAGGGAGGCGGUCUCCUCACUCAGGAGACAGGCAGUCGGGGCAAAACCAGUCUGACCAGUCGGAGCACUUACAAGGACCUGCUGUUCUGGUGGUCCAGCAGCCCAUUAUUUUGGGUCGGGGAGCUUACAUCAGAAGGGGGCAGCCGUUCAUGUACAGAGGAGUGCAGCUCGGCAACGGCAGGAAGAUUGGAAUGAACUGUAUGAUCACCCUGGGCCUUUUUGGAGGAAUCCUGAUUCUGUGGGGCAUCGCCCACGGUGUCAACACGCUACACGGUUUCAUCUGCGUCACACUUGGAGCCAUUCAACUAGGAUCCUGCUUCCGCCUGUGUUACAAAGCCAAGCAAGACUUCGACUCCCUCCCCCAGGACCACCCUGACAGAGUGACUUACUCCUCCCCCAUAGUCCUGUCGAGGGAGGCCCGUGAGAUCGCCUCCAACACGACCACCUACCAGCUCCCACCUGGAGCCCAAAUCAUCAGCUCUUCUCCCCUGCAGGGCGGUCACGUAGCUCCGACUUACCAGCUACCAGCUGGCGCUCAAGUUAUAAGUUCGACGUCGACUGUCGAUGGUCGCCUAGCCCCUCCGGCGUUCCUGCAUCAGGCGUUUGGGGGAUCCUCCAGUAGGAGGUCCUCGGCCCAAGAGGACAAGCCUCCGUCCUACGAGGAUGCUUGUAAACAGAUGCGACACUGAUGAAAAUCGUUGGAUAUGGGUGUUUUUCUUUUUUUUUUUUUUGUUUUUUUUUUAGAAUUUUCAUGUUUUUACACUGUCAUAAAGCUUUUUUGUUUUUACAUUCUGUCAUUUUUGCAAUCAUUCACACUAUUUUUUUCGUGCUAAAAACUUGUUUUUUUAUUGUUAAUUUAUUAGCGUUUAUCUAUUUCGCAAGAUCGUCAUACAUUUCAAUUUUCAAAAGCCUGCUCUCUUAGGGAUAUUUCAUCUCAACUUUGCAGUAUUGAACCAUGAAAUUUCUUGCCUUUUUCGUUAUUUCUUCAUUGUUCUCAGUAGCUUAUUAAGGAAGAUGCAAUGCAGACGAGAUCUAUGCAAAGAAAGACUGCCGUCCCUUAACUAAAAAAAAGAAAAAGCUUCUUUCAACUGUGAUACGUUGCUUAUAACGUCUGCGGUGUGUGUUUGCGAAGUUUAUACAAACGGAGCCUUUUCAAGUCCUACGAACAAAGUUGUGUUGAUUCAUGCUCCUGUGGUUUCCCUUUCUUUAUGAAUGAAUCAUUCCCUGAAUCGUUCUUAAAGCUCAACAGUGUUUUUUUCAUAUAAUUUGUGUUGUCGUUGUGAAAUGAUGCCUUUGUAUUACGAUGCUUAUCGUAAGCUAUUUAUAUAAGGUUUUAUUUUCAUUAGGGAAUGUGUCACAAAGAAAUGGUGGUAUAAUCUUGAUAAGCGUUUGCUAUAUGUUAUUGCUUAAGGAUAAGGGUCAUUUAGCUUUGUAUAUAUAUAUAUAUAUAUAUAUAUAUAUAUAUAUAUAUAUAUAUAUAUAUAUAUAUAUAUAUAUAUAUAUAUUUAUCACUAUGUCGUACCUCUAAGUAAAUGGGGAUAUAAUCCUCAAUGAUGCAAAAUCUUUUAUGCAGUUAUGCAAAACAAAUAUUUCUCGUACAGCAAAUUAUAUAGCUGAUGAUGGAAAGCUAUAAUUUGUACUGUACAAGAAAUAUAUAAUUAUAUAACUAGAUUAUGUUUUUACAUCAUGG